AUGCCUGGCUUCAAGCCAUGUGGAACUCCCGACGACCAAAGCUGUUGGCUGCGUAACGCCCAAACAGGCCAGGAAUACAACAUCACGACUGAAUAUGAGAGUGCUUCCCCUAAAGGCAUCACACGCGUAUACUAUCUCGACGUUACGGACGACACUAUUAACACCAACGGACUGGCAUUCGGUGAAGCCAAAGUCUUCAAUAACUCCUGGCCUGGUCCGCUUAUUGAAGCCUGCUGGGGAGAUACCGUAGAAAUCCACGUGCGCAACUCUCUUGCUUACAACGGAACUAGUAUCCACUGGCAUGGCAUCCGGCAGUGGGAGACCAUGCACAUGGACGGUGUGAAUGGCCUCACGCAGUGCCCCAUUGCCCCUCGCCCCGAUCAUUACUCCGUGCAAUAUGCCGAUGGAACACAAGCCCCUAUCACAAUCCAUGGCCCAACCUCUUACCCGUACGACGUUGCUAUUGAACCAAUUACGGUCACUGAUUGGGCGAAUAACAGUGCAUUCCAAUUCAUCUUUCCACACGCCAAGCCAGAUACUCAGGAUAUUCUCUUGGGUGGAUACGGCAACAUAACUCGGUUUUCGGGCGGCAAAAUUCAAAACGACGAAGAGAUUCCACGUGGCUUUGAGAUUACGUUUGAUGACGCGGAUCCCAACCCAGCGACCAGGGCAAAGCGAUAUCUCCUUCGUUUGAUCAACACCGCCUUCGACAAUACUUUCGUCUUUUCAAUCGAUAACCACAACUUAAUAGUGGUUGAGGCCGACUUCGUUCCCGUUGAAAACUUCACCGUCACCUCAAUUCCCAUCGCGAUCGGCCAGAGAUAUAAUGUCAUUGUCGAGGCAGCACCAGUGGUCAACAGCUCGUACCCCUCGUCCAACCCUCUUCCAAAGGACGGCAACUUCUAG